AUGUCCUACUACGACGAUGACCGGCCUCGCCGACAGAAGAGCACUCGUGAGCGAUCUCGAAGAGAUGACUAUGAUGACACAGUCUACGACACAAAUACGAGAGAUACUCGCAUAGUCAAGCGGCGCGACGACAGUGUCGAUUCUGUUGAAGAAGUGUCCCGCGACUUUGCCCCAGGGGACCGCGGCGCUAUCUAUCGUGAAACCACUGUGCGCAAGAGUGGCCAUCGGCCCAUUCGUGCAAGAUCCACCGAUGAUCGCUAUUACGAUGAUCGUUACGAUGACCGCUCAUACGUCUCACGAAGCAGAAAGUACGAUGAUGACUACGUGGUCGUCGACAACCCCAAACGCAGAAGCCGUGACUAUGACGACAGACGCCGCUCCCGACGCUACUCAUCAGACUAUUCAUCCCGCAGCCGCAGCCGCUCACCUCCAAAGAAAGAACGCAGGAAGUCCACCACUGAAGAGCUGUUGGGAUCCAUUGGUCUGGGGGGUGUUGCCGGUGCCCUGCUCGGAAAGAGUAAGAGUCGUGACAGGUCGAGAUCCAGUUCGCGCGAUGGCCGUCAUCGAAGCCGCAGCCGAGCUGGUCGCCGCUCGUCGUCCGACCGCUCCCGACAUCGAAGCAAGAGCAAAGUCCGGGGUGAACAAAUCUCCCAAGCCAUCAAAGCUGCCGUCCUGGCCGGAGCGGGUGAGGCAUUCCGCGCCCGGAAAGUUGAGGGCGGCUGGGGCGGCGAGAAAGGCAAACGAAUCAUCACCGCGGCCUUGGCGGCUGGAGGUGUCGAUGGCUUGAUUUCAGACAAGAACGAUCCUCAUCACCAUUCGAAGCGUGACAUUCUGGGCUCUGCUUUGGCUGGCAUGGCCACCAACCGCAUCAUCAACGGACCUCGAUCGAAAUCCCGCGGCAGAAAUGGAAGCCCGGACAGUCGUCGAGGCCGGAGUCAGUCUCGAGGCGGAUUGGGAGAUCUCGCCGCCGGCGGAGUGGUGGCAGCCACCGCCAAGAAAGUCUAUGAUUCUGUCCGCUCUCGAUCGCGUGGUCGUGCUCGUUCUCGAAGCGCAUCGUCUUACGACAGCCGCGACAGCCGAAGCCCUCGGCGCAAGCGGAGUCGAAGCGUGUCUGCCUUUGCGGCCAAAGGUCUUGCAGCCUUAGGGCUGAAGGAUGCGGCGAACAAGGUCGACCCGGACCGCGAGCGUGAUCGCCGCCGAAAUUAUGACGACUACUAUGAUGAUGGUCGAUCAAGUCGAAAUGGAGGAUAUGGGUACAAUGAUUCCCGAGAUGUAGGUACCAUUCAACCCCACUUUGGUUAUCCUAAUGGCGGUCCCCGUGCCAUGAGCGUUCCCAGGGGGCCGCCUCCUGGCUAUGAGCUCGACUACGGCCCACGUCAUACGGGUGAUCCAGACACAGACUCCGAUUCUGACCUCGGCUCCAGUUCCGAAGAUGAGAAAGAGAUAAAGAAAGGUCGCAAGAAGAUGUGGGUUACUGGGGGUCUUGCGACAGUCGCGACCAUCCAUGCCGCGCAUAGUGUCUACCAAAGCAUGGAGAAACGAGAAGCAAGGAGGAAGUUAUUGAAGGAGGGCGAUAUUACUGAAGAACAGGCGAAGAGAGCAAAGAACAAGAACAGGUUGCAGGAUGCGGCGAGUAUUGGAAUAGCUGCUCUUGGUCUUAAGGGAGCCUACAGCGAGUGGCAAGAAAUGCGUGAGGCGAAGCAGGAGGCCAAGGAGGAGAAGGAGAAACGUGAGCGACACAAAAUGAAGCGGGAAGCAAGGAGAAGAAAGACGAGCAUGAUUGCAGCGCACAACUAUGCCGACAGCGGUUUCACAGGAAGCAUGCCGAAUUUGGCAACAUACCCUCAGCAGCAGUAUCAGGCGUUCCCUCCUCCACCCGGGGCAUCGUUUGGUGUUCCUCCUGCUGCGGCGACAUAUGGCAAUGGAACAGCUGUCCACUACGCAGACGACAAUCCUUAUGGAGCGGUCACCAACCCGCCGGCCUACGUCCCGACUCCUCCACCCCCUCAUAUGGGUGUUCCUAGGGCUGAGACAGGCUAG